AUGGUACGAGUUGAGGAAGUUGGAUACAUCCAGGCGACACAAAGAAACCGUUUUACCUAUUUUUUGUCUGAAGGCACUAAGAUACUGGCGCUGAUACCUAUUUUUUGUGUGCAAAGGCUGCUGAAGGGAAACUUUGACCUAAGAACCUGCACUCGGCGUACAAGUAUCGUGCGCACCUUAACGCCCGCGUCAGACCACGAGAGACAUCUCGACGACAUACGGCUUGGGCGACAAGGGCGUGGCUCUAGCAUGAACGAAUCUCCGAUCGCUCCAGCGGUUUUGCUGGAGCAUACCGACUUCCCUCAUCUUACUAUUGUGGAAUGA